AUGAAAUACUUAUUAGGCGGCUCUACAGGGCUUGUGAAGCUCGUGGAGACCGCGGACCGCUCUAUACAGAGGUUCUUUUCCCUGGAUAGCCAGUCACUGGACCGCCGAGUGACCUGUAUGUGUUGGUCUGGAGGUAGCAGUGGCAAUGAGGAAAACGAAUUUGCAGCAGGAUUAGAUGAUGGAUCGGUAGAGAUAUAUGCCUAUCCUUCUAUGGAGAAGGUCUCUAGCUUUGCAUUGCCUUCGCGUUGUGUUCACAUACAUAUGUUAGGUGACCAUUUUGACGUAUUAGGGAAAUCGAUAUAUGCGUCUCGCGCUGAACAGUACCCUAGCUUGUACCCAGAUGUCACUAACGCAAAGUUGCGCAAUAAUCGAGGUAGAUACAUCUGUUGCAUAUCACAAUGCGGUACCUGUGUAGUCGUCGAUUGUGACAAAUUGCAAUAUAAUGGGACUUACAUCAAAUUGGAUCCUGAAAACAUGAUGGAAAGUGAGGAAAACCAACAACCUACCACCAGCAUGAUAGUGGCUUUCUAUAAUCUAAAGAGACCUGUUUCGGCAGUUGCCUAUCAUUCUUUGAUGACAAAUAGGAUUGUUGUUGGCAGUGUUGAUUUACCUCCACUUCUUUUUGAUAUCUUCAUAGGACAGGUGCUCUGGAUUGGGAAACUACCUCACCCAUCACUGUUAGGUCUCAAAUCGCAUUUGGAUGUAAGAAGUAUAUGCUUCCUGGAAGAAUUAGGGCCAGAUAUUUUUGCACUUUCAACGUCAGACUCUUUUAUAUACAUAUAUGAUAUGACAUGUCAGCGCAAACCUGUGUACGAUAUUAAUAUCUGUGACCAUCGCAGUCGAUGUAUUUCUGCUCGUAUGCUGGCUCUGCAUGAAAUAAAGGAAUAUAACACUGAUCGGCGCAAGGAGGUUAGGCAGUCGGUGAACGAAUUGUAUACAGCGGAUUUGCGUAAUAUCGUGAAACUGACCACCCCGCCACAUCGUAUGCUAGAUAACCAAAGUCACGAAACUAAAGAUGUAUGUGACCUGUUUGCUAGUGACAAUUAUGGAUCAAUAUAUCAUUUUAGGGUAAUCACCGGAGAUACUCUAGUUAACUUCCUUAGAAAGAAAUUGCAAAAAUACAAGGUUGACGGUAGUUUGGAACUAACACGAGACAAAAUAAUUCAACACCUUAUCGCUGCUAGAAAACGGUUCGGUUCUGCAAGUGCAAACGACAGACCGCUGCAUUGCGCACCGCCCAGUGCAAAUCAGUACAUCUGUCAAAUGCGUGGGUGCUAUACCAUACACAACGGCGCGGUAACAGACAUCAAAUGCAUAGGCCAUUAUCUGAUUUCUGUUGGACUCGAUCGAUUUACAAGUGUUUACAAUGUCCGUACAAGAAAACGGCUCUUCAAUUGCUACUGUAAUCAGAAACAGACUUGUAUUCUACCACUACACAGCCAAUUUUAUCAGGAAUACGAAACUGAUGAAUUCAAACAGCUUGAGGUACCCGUAGUGAAACGUGGUCCUGGACCUUCUGAAAACAGUAAAGAGCCUGCAGGGGAGCCUGACGAUGAUAUGGAUGAUAAUGGAGUUGACGAAGAUGACCUCGAAAGUCAUAGCGGCAGUGAUUCUGCUAUAGAGGGUAUUGGAAGCCCAUACUAUAGCCAUGAAUCAGAAUAUUCUUCUGGUAGCGAUGUCGAUAUCUACGAGGAGCACAGCUCAGAUGCCUCUGACAGUGAAUAG